CUGGGACUGUAUGAGGUGAGGCCAGGUUGCCAAGGCAACUGCUGUCCCUGAGGCCGUUGUUGCCUUAACCUCUCCGGAGGCAGUUUGCCUCUUGGGUUGCCUUAGCCCAGGUAGCCCUUCAUCCCUGAGGCUGUUGUUGCCUUAACCUCUCAGAAGGUCUGUUCACCCCUUGUUGCCUUAGCCCAGGUAGCCCUCCGUCGCUGAGGCUGUUGCCUUAACCUCCCAGGAGGCCCUUUGCCCCUUCAGUUGCCUUAGCCCGGGUAGCCCUUCUCCCUGGGCCACCAUGGCGCGGCACCUCAAUAUGGACACACAGCGACUAAACUUCUGGAAAGAAGAACACCUAAAGGAGAUGAUGUUGCGUUGUGAUUGGCACCGAAAGUACGCGGCGAAGGUGAAAGCCAAGCAGAUGGCAAGGGAUGCCACAAGAAAGGGCUUCAAACUGCCUACCUUGGGCCCCAAGGCCCCACCUUCUCCUCCUCCUCCACCAAAAGAGCCUCCCAAAGCCCCUCCUCCCGUUGUGGAGACUCCGGUAGAGUCAGAAAUGUUCCCAGUGCCACCUGAAAUACGGGAACUCCUUUACCAGGGAAUCUCUCAUGAUUUCCAGGGUCGCUUCAACUAUUUGCAAAAACGCAGAAUUACCAAGCCAGAAGAUCGCUACCUCUUCCCCGUCACUACCAACUUCACUUACGGCUGGCAGUUGGGCACCCCAGUGGAACGAAAGAUGGUCUCCUGUAAGAUGUGCCGAAUAGAAACCUUCUUCCGCAAGAAUGGGGCCUUUGCGCUACUGGACCCUAAGGACUUAGCCCUCUGA